UUUAACCAGAGAGGAGAGUUGAGGAAACAAAGCCAGAGCAGGAGCCAACUUCUCCCACUGCAGAGGAACCACUCAACAAGAGAAAGCGCGGUCAAGAUACUGUCCAGGCCUACGGAGACAAAACCCCCAGAUCUAAGAAGAGCCCACAGAAAGAAUCCGUCAACAGGGUCUAUAAAAAAGGAAAAUUGCUGGGGCGUGGAGGCUUUGGCUCGGUCUAUGCAGGGACCCGCAUAUCCGAUGGACUUCCCGUGGCCCUUAAAUAUGUUCUGAAAGAUGAAGAGGAAAUGCACCCUAGGAAGAAAUUGUCCAAGCCCAAGGAAGUCGGACUAUUUGAAAUGGUUAACAAACUAUCAGGUCAUCCCAACAUCUUGAAACUGUACAACUGGUUCGAUAGACCUGCGUCUUAUGUAAUGGCAAUGGAGCGCCCCAACCCCUGCAAGGAUCUGUUCACAUACCGCCAGGAUCAGGGGGGCGUCCUGGAUGAGGACGAGGCGCGCAAUGUUACCAGUCAGCUGCUGGGCGCGCUGCAGCACUGUGAAGACCAAGGAGUGGUGCACCGGGACGUGAAGCCCGAGAACAUCUUGAUCCAGACGGACACCAAGGAAAUCAAACUGAUCGACUUCGGGUGUGGAGACCCGCUGAAGAACACCGCCUACACUGACUUCUCUGGUCAGUAA